UGAAACCCCCCCUUCCCCUCACCGGGGGUGACGCGGUCUGUGACAUAGUGCCGGCCGGAGGGUGAAGCGGCCCUUUCGCUGGAGGAAGCGGAGCGGUGAGGAGUGUCCGAGAGAGAGAGAGCGGCGAGGUAACCGGGACAGCAGCAAGAUGCCUGAAGAAAUUCGCACCGUUGACGAUGAGGUGGAGACCUUUGCCUUUCAAGCUGAGAUUGCUCAGCUUAUGUCCUUGAUCAUCAACACCUUCUAUUCUAACAAAGAAAUCUUCCUCCGAGAACUCAUCUCUAAUGCUUCUGAUGCUCUGGACAAGAUCCGAUAUGAAAGCCUGACUGAUCCUUCAAAAUUGGAGAGUGGCAAGGACCUGAAGAUUGAAAUCAUCCCUGAUAUGCGUGAACGUACCCUCACCAUCAUUGAUACUGGUAUCGGGAUGACCAAGGCUGACCUGAUCAACAACUUGGGCACCAUUGCCAAGUCUGGCACGAAGGCCUUCAUGGAAGCUCUGCAGGCUGGUGCAGAUAUUUCAAUGAUUGGCCAGUUUGGUGUUGGCUUCUAUUCUGCCUACCUGGUGGCCGAGAAGGUUACAGUGCUCACCAAGCACAACGAUGAUGAGGCAUAUGCCUGGGAAUCAUCAGCUGGUGGCUCCUUCACUGUCAAAACCUAUACUGGAAAGGGUGAUGGGGACAACUCUACCGAUGCAAUCAGUCGUGGUACAAAGGUGGUCCUGCACCUGAAGGAAGAUCAGGCUGAGUAUCUGGAGGAGAAGAGGAUCAAAGAAGUUGUUAAGAAACACUCUCAGUUCAUCGGUUAUCCCAUCACACUAUUUGUUGAGAAGGAACGGGAAAAGGAGAUCAGUGAUGAUGAGGCUGAGGCAGAGGAAAAGACUGAGAAAGAGGAAGGUGCGGAUAUGGACGAAGGAGAGAAGCCCAAAAUUGAAGAUGUAGGGUCUGAUGAGGAAGAAGAUGGUGAAAAGAAAGACAAAAAGAAAACUAAGAAGAUCAAAGAGAAGUAUAUUGACCAGGAGGAACUGAACAAAACCAAACCCAUUUGGACCCGCAAUCCAGAUGAUAUCACGCAGGAGGAGUAUGGCGAGUUCUACAAGAGUCUUACUAAUGAUUGGGAGGACCAUCUUGCUGUGAAACAUUUCUCUGUUGAGGGCCAGCUGGAAUUCCGUGCUCUCCUGUUCAUUCCCAGACGGGCUCCCUUUGACCUCUUCGAGAACAAGAAGAAGAAGAACAACAUUAAGCUGUAUGUUCGCAGAGUCUUCAUCAUGGACAGCUGUGAAGAGCUGAUCCCAGAGUACCUUAACUUUGUUCGUGGUGUGGUGGAUUCUGAGGACCUGCCCUUGAAUAUUUCCCGAGAGAUGCUGCAGCAGAGCAAAAUCCUCAAGGUCAUCCGCAAGAACAUUGUCAAGAAGUGCAUGGAGCUGUUCUCUGAGCUGGCAGAGGACAAGGAGAACUACAAGAAAUUCUAUGAGCAGUUCUCAAAGAACCUUAAGCUUGGUAUCCAUGAGGAUUCCCAGAAUCGCAAGAAGCUGUCUGAACUGCUGCGUUACCACACCUCACAGUGUGGAGAUGAGCUCACCCCAUUGGCAGACUAUGUCUCCCGAAUGAAAGAGAACCAGAAGUGCAUCUACUAUAUAACUGGUGAAAGCAAAGAUCAAGUAGCUAACUCUGCCUUUGUGGAGCGUGUCAGGAAGCGGGGCUUUGAGGUGGUGUACAUGACUGAGCCCAUCGAUGAGUACUGUGUGCAGCAGCUGAAGGAGUUUGAUGGUAAGCAGCUUGUCUCUGUCACAAAGGAGGGCCUUGAGCUGCCUGAGGACGAUGAGGAGAAGAAAAAGCGUGAAGAAGACCGAGCUAAGUAUGAAAACCUGUGCAAGCUCAUGAAAGAGAUCCUGGACAAGAAGGUGGAGAAGGUGACUGUUUCCAAUCGGCUUGUCUCCUCCCCAUGCUGCAUUGUGACCAGCACCUAUGGCUGGACUGCAAACAUGGAGAGGAUCAUGAAGGCUCAGGCCCUGAGGGACAAUUCAACCAUGGGCUACAUGAUGGCCAAGAAGCAUCUGGAGAUCAAUCCUGACCACCCAAUUGUGGACACGCUGAGGCAGAAAGCUGAGCUAGACAAGAAUGACAAAGCUGUUAAGGACCUUGUGAUCCUGCUCUUCGAGACAGCACUCUUAUCCUCAGGGUUUUCAUUGGAUGAUCCACAGACGCACUCUAACCGUAUCUACAGAAUGAUCAAGCUGGGUUUGGGCAUUGAUGACGAUGAGGUGACUGUGGAAGAAACAACCCCACAAGCUGUUGAAGAGAUCCCACCCCUGGAGGGAGAUGAGGAUGCAUCCCGUAUGGAGGAAGUGGACUGAAGCUGCUCUCUUCCUUUCCUGCAUUCUUUCUUGGUGUAUUCAAAUUGGACUGCUGUAUUUAAUUUGGACUUUCUAAAGGACCUGUUGUGUAGUGUGUGUAAAGUAAUGAUUAUCUGACCAGUCUGAUCAGAUCAACAUGAAUUGGGCCUACUCCCUCUGAGGGAGAGAGUCUUGCACUACAGUCAUUAUCAGAUGUUACUGUCCUUUUUUUAUUUUCAAAUGCAUGUCAUUUAUACUUUUGCAGCGCUGUGGCUGUGAAAAUAAAUUCAGAAACCACUGGUGGAAA